CCCCAAUUGUCGUUUUGUAUGCGCUAUCUCUCUCUGCCUUCCUAUCGGUACAUCUCAAAGAGACUAUAGAGCCCAUUUAUGUGCUCUUUUUAAGCCUCGAGAGGACAAAAUAUCACAAUGGCUAAAGGCCAGAAAAAAACUACUGCUGCGUCGUCCGCCGCAAAGCAGGAUUCUCGCUUCGCCAGCUUCGAAACGAACCCUCGAUACCGUCUUCCGUCUAAAGGGCGCGUCAAAACCAAGAUCGACAAACGAUUUCAACGAGUCUUCGAGGAUGAAGAUUUCACAGCCACCGCAAAGUUAGACAGAUACGGCCGAAAACUCAAGUCCGACAACAAGAAGAAGGCUUUACGGGACAUAUACGAACCCGAGGAGCCCGAGGUUGAAGACGACGCCGUCAUACAGAGAGAGCUCGAAAAAGCUGACGAGAACUACGAUCCAGCCCGGGGUGGUGGUUUUUCUUCUUCAGAAAGCGAGUCAGAGUCCGAAGAUGACGACGAUGAGGAAGAGGGAGAUGAGGAGGAGGGAAUCGCUGGGGAGUCAAAGUCAGCUAGCAUGCAACGAAUACGCGACGAGCAGGCCGAUAUCGAACAGGGUGAAAUUACAAAAAGAUUUGCUGUUGUCAACCUAGACUGGGACAACAUCAAGGCUGUUGAUCUGAUGGCGCUAUUCUCCUCUUUUGCGCCUCCGGGGGGUCAGGUCGAAAAAGUCUCGAUUUAUCCAUCUGAGUUCGGUAAAGAGCGCAUGCAGCGUGAAGAAAUCGAGGGACCCCCUAAGGAGAUCUUUAAAAAGGCUGCCCAAGACGAGGACGACUCCAAUGAUGACCUAGAUAGUAGUGACGACAGUGAAGAUGAAGACGAGGAGAUAAAAAAAGACUUGUUGCAGGAAGGAGAUGAUCAAGACUUCGAUAAUGACGCCCUUAGAUCCUAUCAACUCGAUCGCUUGCGUUAUUACUACGCAGUCGUCAUCUGUUCUGACACUUCCACCGCCGAAAAGAUAUACAACGAUUGCGAUGGCUCAGAAUAUCUCGCAUCAUCGAACUUUGUGGACCUACGCUUCAUUCCAGAUGAUGUUACGUUUGAAGACCAGGCACGAGACGAAUGCGACUCUACCUUACCCAAUUACGAACCCACCGAAUUCGUUACCGACGCCCUUCAGCAUUCACGCGUGAAGCUAACUUGGGAUGUAGCUCCUGAUGAGGCUGCGCGGCGCGAAAACAUCAGGAAAGCAUUUAGCGGCAGUAGAGCUGAGCUAGAAGAAAAUGAUUUCCGAGCCUAUCUUGCAAGUGAUAGCGAUGGGGAGGAUGGUAUCGAAGAUGACAUUGUCGAGCCAGAGCAACCUGUUGUCGAAGAUGAGCCCAAGUUAAGCAAAAAAGAGCUGAAAGCAAGAAAACUCAGAGAGGCCCUUGGGCUGAGCUCUGAGCCAAUGACGAAACUGUCCGCGAAUAUUGGACCUGUUGGGGACAUGCAAGUCACCUUUACGCCGGCGUUGAUGGGCGACGAGAAGAAGAAGGAGCCAGAAGCGGAAGAGACGACUGUUGAGAAAUACAUUCGCAAGGAGCGUGAACGAAAGGCUCGUAAGAAGGAGAAGGUACUCUCCAAAAGAAACGGGAGUGAAGCAGAAACUCAGGAUGAGCCUGCUGAGCCAGAAGAAGAUCUCGGAUUUGAUGAUCCAUUCUUCACAACUGAUGAACCCGCGAAGAUAUCCAAAUCAGCGGAGAGAAAAGAAGAGAGACGGAGAAGACGCGAGGAGAAGGAAGCUACCGCAGCUGAAAACGCUGCUCAAAAGGCGCAUUUGGAGAAGAUCAUGGCAGAUGAUGCUAAGGAUCAAGCCGAUCAUCUUGAUCAUUUCAAUAUGGACGAAAUAACACGGGCCGAGAAGAAGAAAUCAAAGAAGGGUAAGAAGGGAAAGAAUAAAGUUGAGGAUCAUGGAGGUCUACAAGAAGGCUUCGACAUGGAUGUCAACGACAGUCGAUUCAAGGCCGUAUUUGAGAGCCAUGAGUUCGCAAUUGACCCUUCAAAUCCUAAAUUCAAGUCAACUCCUGGUAUGAAGAAACUACUUGAAGAAGGCCGGAAAAAGAGGAAAAACAAAGGGGACGAUUAUGAAGCACCCUAUGAAGUGAACGGCAAAGCCAAGAAACAGAAGACCAAGGCUACCGACGACGAUAUAAGCAGUCUUGUUGAGUCCAUAAGAAAAAAGGCACAGGCUAAGAAUCGAUAGUUCAAUAGAUAUCUAUA